AUGUUGGACCAAGCCACUAAUUACAUAGUGCUACUGAGAAAAAAUGUGGAGGAACUGAAGCAAAGGAAGGAGUUGAUGAUCAAAGGUCGUGAUGAGAGCAGUCGUACUACUACUAAAGAUGAUAAGAGAGACAGCUCGGUGUUACCAGUUUUCACAAUCAGAGACAUGGGUUCGAUUUUAGAGGUGAAUUUGAUAACUGGGUUGAAUACUACUAAUAAUAACAACUUCAUGUUAGGAAAAGUUUUCAGUGUUCUUGAGGAAGAAGGUGCUGAAGUUGUCAAAGCUAGCUGCUCUACAGUUGGAGAUAAGAUCUUCUGUACUAUUCAUUCCAAGAAUACUAGUGCCUACACUACUUAUAGUUAG